AUGGACCUCCACCGCUGCCGCUUCGUCCCCUACCCGCCCUCCGCCAUCAACGCCCUCGCCUUCUCCCACCCCUCCGCCCGCUCCAAGCUCCACGGCGCCCUCUCCCGCCUCGCCGUCGGCCGCAACAACGGCGACAUCGAGAUCUGGAACCCCCUCGCCGGCGCCUGGCACCAGGAGACCGUCCUCCGCUCCGGCGCCGACCGCUCCGUCGACGGCCUCGUCUGGGUCAACGAGCCCGACGAGACCACCUCUCCCUCCUCAAUCAUCCCCGGCCGCUCACGCCUCUUCAGCAUCGGCUACACCUCCGCCGUCACCGAAUGGGACCUCGAGACCGCCCGCCCCCGCCGCCACGCCAGCGGCCAGCACGGCGACAUCUGGUGCCUCGCCGCCCAGCCCCCGGCCUCCCCCUCCGACCCCGUCACCCGCCUCGUCGCCGGCACCGUCGACGGCGUCCUCGCCCUCUACUCCCUCGACGACGACGACCUGCGCUUCCAGCGCGUCUUCGUCAAGUCCGCCACCAAGAAGGUCCAGAUGGUCAGCAUCGCCUUCCAGUCCCGCCACGUCGUCGUCGUCGGCUGCUCCGACUCCACCAUCCGCGCCUACAACAUGCGCAACGGCGACAUGCUGCGCAAGAUGACCCUCGGCGCCGACCUCGCCGGCGGCUCCAAGGACAUCAUCGUCUGGAGCGUCAAGGUCCUGCCCUCGGGCGACAUCGUCUCCGCCGACUCCACCGGCCACGUCUGCGUCUGGGACGGAAAGACCUACACCCAGAUGCAGCGCAUCCACAGCCACAAGCAGGACGUCCUCAGCCUGGCCACCAGCGCCGACGGCACCGCCAUCAUGAGCGGCGGCAUGGACCGCCGCACCGUCCUCUACAAGAAGACCUCGGGCGCCCGAUGGGGCAAGGUCUGGAACAGGAAAUACCACGAGCACGACGUCAAGGCCAUGGCCUCCUUCGAGAGCAGCAAGAUGAGCGUCGUCGUCUCCGGAGGCCCCGACGCUUCCCCCGUCGUCCUCCCCCUCAAGGAACUCGGCCGCGAGAACCACAGAACCCUCUCCCACCUCCCCCAGCACCCGCCCCUCGCCAGCGCCCCCGCCGCCCGCCUCCUCGUGAGCUGGUGGGACAGGGAAAUCCACAUCUGGAAGCUCCAGAAGCCCUUCGAAGGCCUCUACGCCAACGAUGGCACGUCUACCGCCCUCGACAACGACCUCGACAAGAACCGCAAGCUCCUCAAGACCAUCCUCGUCAAGGGCGAGUCCAGCAUCACCUCCGCCGCCGUCUCCCCCGACGGCGCCCUCCUCCUCGUCGCCACCUCCACCGACGUCAAGGCCUUCCGCCUGCUGCACGACAACCCCACCAAGCCCUCCGACGUCAGGCUCUCCCAGCUCGCCCUCCCCAAGGCCCUCGCCUCCGCCGGCGCGAGCAAGGUCGUCCUCUCCCCCGACGGCGCCUGGCUCGCCGCCGCCCGCGACGGCUCCAAAGUCGUCACCGCCGCCAUCACCCGCGACGACAACGACGACAUCAAAAUCCAGACCCCCCGCGCCGCCCACCGCCUCCGCCGCAACAUCCCCAAGCACCAGUCCCUCGGCGGCCUCGGCAACUACGAGAGGAGCGUCUCCCACCUCGCCUUCUCCCCCGACAGCCGCAUGCUCGCCUCGACCGACCUGGCCGGCUACAUCGACACCUGGGUCCUCGGCACCAGCACCGGCAGUGAAAACGACGACGACGCCACAGACAGCGACUCUUCCUCCGCCGAAGAAGACACCUCCUCCUCACCCGCCACGUCCCGCUGGCUCCGCAACCCCAACGCCUCCCUCCUCCCCAAACUCCCCGCGCCCCCCGUCGUCCUCUCCUUCUCCGACGAAAUCACCCCCUCCUCCCCCUCCGCGCCAGAGUACACCCUCCUCGCGGUCACGACCUCAUGGCACAUCCUCGCCUUCCACCCCGCCGCCGGCACCCUGACCGCCUGGUCCCGCCGCAACCCGACCUCGCGCCUGCCCGCCGUCAUCCGCGACACCCGCGACCUCGCAAAGGGCCUCCUCUGGCAAGGGCCCCGCGUCUGGAUCUACGGCGUCAACUUCCUCUUCAUGCUCGACCUCUCCCAGGACCUCUCCGCCCCGGCCAAGGACACGCCCACGGACCCGGACACCGCGGUGGUCGUCCACGGCGGCGCUCCGUCGCACGGCACGAAGCGCAAGCGCAAAGCCGGCGCGGAAUCCGGCGCCGGCGCGAAGAUGUCCAUCGGCGCCAUCGUCCCGUCCCAAAUCGACCGCUUCGCUUCCUCCAAAGACGGCGGCGCGGGCGAGUGGACCGACGACAUCGAGGCCGCUGCCGUCGACGAGAUGGACAUCGACUCGGACGACUCCGCCUCCGACUCGGAAGAAACCGACGAAUCCGAGCUCGCGGCCCUCCGCAGCCGGAACCAGGAGACCCAGACCGAGGCGGGCUCCCAGGGACGGACCAAGUGGUGGUAUACCUACAAGUACCGCCCCAUCCUCGGCAUAGCGCCCCUGUCGUCCUCCUCCUCCUCUUCCUCAUCUUCCACCGAAGGGGCUACGCCGGCUCUCGAGGCCGUCCUCGUCGAGAGGCCCAUCUGGGAGGUGGAUCUGCCCGAGAGGUACUUCGGCGCCAACGAGUGGGAGAGGUAA